GGUUCAUGAACCACCCAGCUCCAGCAAACAGCCGCUACAAACCCACUUGCUAUGAACAUGCUGCUAACUGUUACACACAUGCAUUCCUCAUUGUUCCUGCGAUUGUGGGUAGCGCCCUUCUCCACCGGCUUUCUGAUGAUCGAUGGGAAAAGAUAACAGCAUGGAUGUACGGCAUGGGGCUCUGUGCGCUCUUCAUUGUCUCCACAGUAUUUCAUAUCGUUUCUUGGAAAAAGAGUCACUUAAGGACAAUGGAGCAUUGCUUUCACAUGUGUGACAGGAUGAUGAUCUAUGUCUUUAUUGCGGCAUCAUAUGCACCAUGGUUAAAUCUACGUGAGCUUGGACCUCUAGCGUCUCACAUGCGUUGGUUUAUCUGGCUGAUGGCUGCUGGAGGAACCAUUUACGUAUUUCUCUACCAUGAAAAGUAUAAGAUCGUGGAACUCUUUUUCUAUUUAGCGAUGGGAUUUUCUCCUGCUCUGGUAGUGACAUCCAUGAGUAACACCGAUGGACUUCAGGAGGUUGCCUGGGGAGGUUUGAUAUAUUGUCUGGGUGUGGUGUUCUUCAAGAGCGAUGGAGUCAUUCCCUUUGCCCAUGCCAUCUGGCACAUGUUUGUGGCCACAGCAGCUGCUGUUCAUUACUACGCCAUUUGGAAGUAUCUUUACAGAAGUCCUGCAGACAUAAUUCGUCACCUAUGAUAGAUAGAUAUAUGUAUCUAUCUAUAAAAAAAAAAAAAAAAUCUGCACUUGGCCUCUGUAACAGUAUUAUUUGACUUAAGGAAUUUGGGGAAAUCGGAAAAUUGCACAGAAAAACUGCACUGACUUUGGUAGUUCUCUGAACACAAUUACUGUGAACCGAUGUUGUAUGUGUCCCGCAAUUGCCCAUCAUAUGGCAAGUGCGGUAAAUAACCAAGAUACUGUACUGCAGUACUAAGAGUCCAUUCCAUGUUAGUAGAACUGGCUACCUGAUGUUUACAAAUCAAUUUUGUAUUCUAGUUUAAUUUUACAAUUUUUAACUAUGUGAAUUUUUCUAAAUUAGUGAUUCAAAUGGUGAAGUCAGUGCAAUAGUGAAAAUGUUACUCUCCUGAUCUGAAAUGGGUUUCUAUCACCUUUCCACUAGUCAUAUAUUAAACAUGAAUCACAGACAAAUAAUCUACUUUUACCACCCAUUAUCUUGGUAUAAUGUGACUUUUAUAGAAACUUUUUGUGUUUUUUGUAACUUUAAAAGUACAUUUAUUGAACUGAAAACACACAACUGUCAUCUAUGCAGUUACUCAUGUUGCAAAGUCUUGCAAGAAACGGUUACAUUCCACAUACUGUACUGACAAGCAAACAUGGUACCUCUUCCAAAGGUUGUAUUACAGGUGUAAUUGUAAUAACCACUACUACGAACUAAAAUUUAAAUGUGAUUCUGCAGAGUUUUAACACAAUAGUAUUCUGCUCAUCUAUAAAACCACUUAAACAGCACCUUAAUUUGGCUUUAUCCAAGGUGGAAAUGAAAUACUUUAAAAGAAAUGGUUAACACGUGUUUCUCCCCGAGAUUUCCCAGUUCUGCUCCGUGCUGCCCAGCCAGGCAGCAGUUUGGAUGAGCGCCAACUUACCAAAGGUUGGCAGUAUUAAGGAAGGUGGAGAGCUUUUAUCCCCCUGUCCUACCGGAGAGUCUGUCAUUUCUCCGGAAUAUGUAGACACAUAUUGGUGCUGUAAUAGUAAGGCUUGGAUUUUCAAAGGGAUUUAAAUUUUCUUGGGGUGGUUCUGUUGGGAAAUCCUGGUCAGAGCAGCAGGUACAGAGCGACUGCUGACCACUUUGAAUUCCUGGUUAUUGGUUCUUCACAAGCACAGCCUGUCGGGGAGAAGAGGUUGAAGAACUUGAUACGGUGUCGCUUGUCAUUCUGGGACUUAACUCAGAGUAAAACUGGUCUUUAAUUGUAUUGCUGUCUUUCUGUACAGGAAAAGCAAAUGUGGUAGGAAGUCAUGAUUGUAGAGCAUGUGCAUUAAAUGACCAGGUGUAGAAGAGUCAUUGUAAUACUGUUUGUCCAAUAAUUGUAUCCUGUCCCACUAUAUAAUGAAUGUCUUAUAUUAAGAUUGACUUUAUCCUUUUUCUAAUUUACUUGGUUUUUCUUGUCAGUAUUUAAAAACAAAACCAAAACGUGUUGCCUUUUUCAGAUUUUGUUCUGGAUAUUGCCUGUCUGCAAACAAUAAGCAGCAAGAUAGGGAAGUUUUUCAAGGUACCAUUUAAUAGUGCACCUAGAUUUGCCAGUGGGUUGCAUAUUUUAGAAUAUAUACAUUUGUAUAUGGAAUUUACACGAGGGACAAACUUUACGUCAAGGCAUUGAAGCAGACUUGCUGUACGGUGUUAGCAGGCGAUUGGAGACACGGCACCGCUAUAGCGGAGUAGUUAACUGCCCCAAAAGAGAACAAAUGGAACCGCUGGGCAGGUGAUUCCUGGUAGAACAGUCUCGCACAUCUGGAUGCCUCAGUUUUUUAACAUUGUGUCUAUUUUAAUAUUUUCCACUUUUUGUGAGUCCAUAUAUUUUGUUUAAAUGCAGUACUGUUAAAACCACUAAAAUACAUGUAAAGGUUUUCUGUAGUCAAAAGUGAAACUAUUGCUUGACUAUGUUUGU